AUGGUAAACACUGCAUCAUUAGCGGACAAAGUUAUUGAGCUACUUUCGGAUAAGGUUGAUAGUAAUUACAGGAUUGCAGUGCUCAUUGUGGGGCCGCCUGGGUCCGGAAAGUCAACCAUCAGUGAAGAAAUAUGUGAAGAAGUUAAUGCGAGAUUUCAGGCAUACUUGAGCGAAAAUCAAGUCAAAGUGCACUUGCAAGAUACUAGAGAAAGCUCUGUUGAUAUUUGUGAGGGCAUUCCUUUUGCUAGCAGCUCAAUUGAAAAAAUCACUGAAAGCGAAGUGUUUAGUCAUGUUGAGGACGAAGGGUAUGUUCCUCAUAAAUACAACAGCAAAGAUGGGGCAACGAUAGUUGUCGGACGUGGGGGAUUGCCAAAUAGCAUACAAGUCAAGCACGAGAAAGUGAAGGUACCAAACGAUAGCGCUGUACGUAUAGCACAAAUAGUUCCUAUGGACGGUUUUCACUUAUCUCGGAAGUGUCUUGAUCAUUUCAAGAAUCCAUUAAUAGCUCAUCAGCGUCGAGGAUCUCCCCAGACAUUUGACAGUAAUAAUUACUUACAGCUGUGCAAGCUUUUAGCUGAGACUUGUGAAAUCAAACCCCACUUCAGCCCUUCGAAGAGCUCUUCGAACGUCUUUGAUAAAUUGUGUGCAUCAUUUUCAGAUGCUGUUCCUUCUAUUUACGUACCAGGUUUCGACCACAGUUUGAAAGAUCCGAGCAAGUAUCAACACUGCAUCAACGCAUUCACUAGGGUGCUGGUUUUGGAGGGCCUUUAUCUACUUUUGGAUGUUGAGAAUUGGAGAGAGAUUUACCCUAUUAUGAAGUCUACUGACGCCAUCAUCAUUUGCAAUAUCGACAUUGACGAAAAGGUUAUUGAGCAACGAGUAGCCAGAAGACAUGUAAUUUCUGGAUUAGCUCAAUCCCUUGAAGAAGGUCUCGAGAGAUUCCGUGCAAAUGAUCUCCUCAAUGCUAGACUAAUCAAAAAAAAACAAUUGAGGCCGAUGACAUUAUUACCAUAA